CCAAAUUCUCAUUGCUCUCAAUUAUUACUUCCAUACCCAAUUCGAUAUUAUCUUUUUUUGUGAUCACGCUGCUGAUAAAGCACGACAAGUCGUUUCAUCAUCUUUAUGUGCUUAUUGUGCUUCUGUUGCUCAUGAAACUUGCUCCUGGGUUCAUUUCUGGAGUGAAAGGGGCAACUUUCGGGUGCAUAGAGAGGGAGAGACAAGCCCUUCUCAAGUUUAAAGAAGACCUUAUUGAUGACUUUGGUCUUCUUUCAACUUGGGGAAGUGAAGAAGAGAAGAGGGAUUGCUGCAAAUGGAGAGGAGUUCGAUGCAACAAUCGAACUGGUCAUGUUACUCAUCUUGAUCUUCACCAGGAGAAUUACAUUAACGGAUAUUUAACUGGUAAGAUCAGUAAUUCACUACUUGAGUUACAGCAUUUGAGUUACCUGAAUCUAAAUAGAAACUCUUUUGAAGGGAGUUCUUUUCCAUAUUUCAUUGGUUCUCUAAAAAAAUUAAGGUAUCUUGAUCUCUCUUCUAUUGGUAUUGUUGGAACUCUUUCAAAUCAGUUUUGGAACCUUUCAAGACUACAGUAUCUUGAUCUUAGUGGUAAUUAUUAUGUUAAUUUUACAAGUCUUGACUUUCUCUCCAACCUUUUUUCUCUUGAAUAUCUUGAUUUGAGUGGAAACAAUCUCAGCCAAGUCAUUGACUGGAUACAAACUGUUAAGAAGUUUCCUUUCUUAAAAAUCUUGCUGUUCAGGAAUUGUGAUCUUUCAAAUAACAGUCCUCCCUCUCUUUCUUCUACAAAUUCUUCUAAAUCCCUAGCUGUCAUUGAUCUCUCUCACAACUAUCUUGCUUCUUCCACAUUCAAUUGGUUGUCUAAUUUUAGUAAUAACCUUGUUGAUCUUGAUCUCAGUUAUAAUGAUGGUGUUACUUUUAAAAGUCUUGACUUCCUUUCUAACCUUUUCUUUCUUGAGCAUCUUCAGCUCUCAUAUAUCCAAUUACAAGGCUUAAUUCCAGAAGCUUUCGCAAACAUGAUUUCUCUUAGGACUCUUGAUCUAUCCUUUAACGAAUUACAAGGUUUAAUUCCAGAUGCUUUCACAAACAUGACUUCUCUUAGGACUCUUGAUCUAUCCUGUAACCAAUUACAAGGUUCAAUUCCAGAUGCUUUCACAAACAUGACUUCUCUUAGGACUCUUUAUCUAUCCUUUAACCAUUUACAAGGUUCAAUUCCAGAUGCUUUCACAAACAUGACAUCUUUUAGGACUCUUGAUCUAUCCUUUAACCAAUUACAAGGCGAUUUGAGUACAUUUGGGCGGAUGUGCAGUUUAAAAGUACUGCAUAUGAGUGGAAACAAUCUCACUGGAGAGCUGUCUCAGUUGUUUCAAGACUCGCAUGGAUGCGUGGAGAGCUCACUAGAGAUUCUGCAACUAGACGGAAAUCAGCUUCAUGGUUCCGUGCCUGACAUCACAAGAUUCACUUCCAUGACAGAGCUGGAUCUCUCUCGGAAUCAACUGAAUGGAUCUUUACCGAAACGAUUUAGUCAACGUUCUGAAAUUGUUAUCUUGUACUUGAAUGACAACCAACUCACCGGAUCACUUGCGGAUGUUACGAUGCUUUCAUCAUUGAGAGAGUUUGUGAUUGCUAACAAUCGCUUAGAUGGGAAUGUUUCUGAAAGUAUUGGAAGCCUAUAUCAGCUUGAGCAAUUGGAUGUUGGCAGGAAUUCCCUACAAGGUGUGAUGUCUGAAGCUCACUUUUCAAAUCUCUCCAAAUUAACGGUAUUGGAUUUAACCGAUAACUCCCUAGCUUUGAAAUUUGAGUCUAACUGGGCUCCCACUUUUCAAUUGGAUCGCAUAUUUCUUUCGUCUUGUAAUUUGGGUCCUCAUUUCCCUCAGUGGCUUCGAAAUCAAAACAAUUUCAUGGAGCUAGAUAUCUCUGGUUCUAGAAUUUCAGAUACAGUCCCUAAUUGGUUUUGGAACUUGUCCAAUUCCAAGUUGCAACUCUUAAACCUUUCUCACAACAAGAUGAGUGGAAUUUUGCCAGAUUUCUCAUCAAAAUAUUCCAUUCUCCGAAACAUGGAUUUGAGUUUCAACCAGUUUGAGGGUCCAUUACCACUUUUUUCAUCAGAUACCAUAUCAACCUUGUUUCUCUCGAACAAUAAGUUUUCAGGUUCAGCUUCGUUUCUAUGUAAUAUUGGAAGAAAUAUCAGUGUCCUUGACCUCUCAAAUAACCUGUUGACGGGAUGGAUUCCUGAUUGUUCAAUGAAUUUCACUCGUCUAAAUAUUCUGAAUUUCGCCAGCAACAACUUUUCAGGUAAAAUUCCCAGCUCCAUUGGAUCAAUGUUCCAUCUUCAAACAUUGAGUUUGCAUAAUAAUAGCUUUGUUGGAGAAUUACCUUCGUCUUUGAGGAAGUGUACUUCUCUAGUAUUUUUAGACCUGAGCUCAAAUAUGUUGCGAGGAGAAAUACCAGGCUGGAUAGGAGAAAGCAUGCCCUCUCUGGAAGUCCUUUCCCUACAAUCUAAUGGAUUCAAUGGAAGCAUACCGCAAAAUCUUUGUCACCUAUCAAAUAUUCUGAUCUUGGACCUAUCUCUAAACAAUAUCUCAGGAAUCAUUCCAAAGUGCCUUAAUAACCUCACUUUCAUGGUUCGUAAAACAGCGUCAGAAUAUCUGAAUAAUGCUGUUUCUAGUCUGUAUUCCAGUACACCAGAUGUUCUUAGUGCAUAUCAGAAUAAAAUCACGGUUGGAUGGAAAGGAAGAGAGGAUGAUUAUGGAAGCACACUAGGACUUUUGAGGAUCAUUAAUUUUGCAAGAAAUAAAUUAAUAGGUGAAAUUCCAGAAGAAAUAACAGGACUCUUACUGUUGCUUGCACUGAAUUUAUCCGGAAAUAAUUUGACUGGAGAAAUCCCUCAAAAGAUUUGGCAGUUGAAACAGUUGGAAUCACUUGAUUUGUCAGGAAACCAACUAUCAGGAGUGAUUCCUAUCACAAUGGCUGAUCUAAAUUUUCUGGCCUUCUUGAACCUCUCCAACAAUCACUUGUCGGGGAGGAUUCCGUCAAGCACUCAGCUGCAAGGCUUUAAUGCUUCACAAUUUACCGGUAACCUUGCAUUGUGCGGGAAGCCACUCUUACAGAGAUGCCCUGGAGAUGAGACGAAUCAAAGUCCACCUGCUAAUGAUGACAACCGAGGCAAAGAAGUCGUUGCUGAUGAAUUCAUGAAAUGGUUUUGUACUGCUAUGGGAAUUGGUUUUAGUGUAUUCUUUUGGGGAGUUUCAGGUGCUUUACUGCUAAAACGUUCCUGGAGACAUGCCUAUUUCCGGUUCUUGGAUGAAUCAUGGGACUGGCUCUAUGUGAAGGUAGCAGUGCGCAAGGCACGACUUCAACGAGCCUUUCAGUGGCUGCACGAGCACGGUCUUGCUUAGAAGGAUUGCAAGGAGCUGCAGCUGGGUGCAUAACAGGUCCUCUUUGUCCAAUGAGUUUGUAUUGUUUGUGCACGUGUUUGCUGGAGCUACAUCGUCCUAUACCUUGACAACUUCAUCAUCGUCUACUACUACUAGUUUGAAAUUGUUGUUGUUGAAGUGGUGGCACCAAAGCUGGAGUUUAUUCUGCAACGUUUCUUUUCAAAUUAUUUAUCUUAAUCUUGUUUGAAUCUGUAGAAUUUAAACUUAUCUUGGAUAAGUCUAGUUAUAUAUAUAUAUAUAUAUAUAUAUAUAUAUCUUUAGAUAAAGGAGAUGAUGGUUGUUAUUUGAUUCUUGUCUUUGUAGUGUUUGAUUUCUUCUAUAAAUAAAACUAGAGGGAUGGCAGUAACCUCACCCCCGUGUGUUUCUGCUCUU